AUGGAGAAAGCCUUCACCUCUUUUCUCUUGUUGUUUCACUUGGUUGUGGCAAGUUUAGCCAUGACUCACACCAACAUUACCACUGAUCAAGCAGCUCUUCUUUCCUUAAAAUCCCAAAUUAUUUCAGACUCCUUUCACUUGUUGGAUAAAAGUUGGUCUCCAACUAUUUCUGUCUGCCAUUGGGUUGGAGUCACUUGUGGUUCUCACCACCAGAGAGUGAAGUCAUUAAAUAUUUCCAACAUGGCUCUUACAGGCAGAAUUCCCCCUGAUUUCGGAAAUCUCACAUUUCUUGUUUCUCUUGACUUGAGUAGCAACAAUUUCUAUGGAAAUUUGCCUCAAGAAAUGGCACGUUUGCAUCGGUUAAGGUUUGUUAGACUUGGCUUUAACAACUUUAGCGGGGAGGUUCCUUCCUGGUUCGGGGUCUUACACCAACUUCAAGUUCUAACUCUAAGGAAUAAUAGUUUCAAUGGUUUCAUCCCCUCUUUAUUUUCUAAUAUUUCCAAGCUUCAAACUUUGGAUUUGAAAUUCAAUUCCUUAGAGGGACAAAUCCCAAAUGAGAUUGGAAACCUUGAAAAUCUAAGGUUUUUAAGUUUAGGUGGAAACAAGCUUAAAGGUUUUAUCCCUCCAUCUCUCUCGAAUGCGUCAAUGUUGGUGACUGUAUAUCUUUCUUACAAUUUCUUACAAGGAAACAUCCCAAAAGAGAUUGGCAAUCUUCAAAACCUAAACCAUUUGUCAAUAGAACAUAAUCAACUUACAGGUUCUAUACCAAUCUCAAUUUUUAAUAUCUCUGGACUUGAAUCCAUCGCAUUUACAAAUAACACCUUAUCAGGAAAUCUUCCAACUGAUAUGUGUGAUCGUCUUCCAAUGCUCGAAAAGCUUUAUCUAAGUAUGAACAAGCUACGCAGUCAUAUGCCUCUAAGCUUACCAAAACUGUUCGAAACUUCAAAUAUUGUGUUGUCACUGGGACGCAACAAUCUCUUUGGGUCCUUGCCAUGGGAGGUUGGCAACUUGACCAAAUUACAGAUUCUUGAUCUUAAUCAAAAUAUGCUAACAGGUGAAAUACCGAAAGAGGUAAGCAACCUCAUUGAGUUGGAUGGAAUUGAUCUGGGUUUGAACAAGUUUACUGGUUCACUUCCAACAGAGAUAUUCAACAUAUCAGGGAUAACAGUGAUUGACCUUCUAAACAAUAAUCUGACAGGAACCCUCCCAUUGAACAUAGGUUCUAUGUUACCCAACAUUGAAGGUCUUUAUCUAGGUCGCUUAAAUCUUUUUGGGACUAUACCAGAUUCUAUCUCCAAUUGUUCCAAGCUCAACACUCUAGAUGUUGCUGGAAAUAGACUCACCGGUUUGAUUCCAACCUCUCUUGGAUAUUUAACUCAUCUAGAGUACCUACUCUUGGAUGGAAACAAUUUAGUGAGCGACUCUACGUUAAGCUUCUUGACUUCCUUAUCAAAUUGUAGAGAUUUAGAAUUUCUUUCUUUAUCUUUGAACCCUCUAAAUGGUGUACUUCCAGUCUCCUUAGGGAACCUUUCCAGUACUUCUCUUCUAAGGAUUAACGCUGCUGAUUGCAGAAUUAAAGGGGAAAUUCCAAAAGGAAUUAGGAACUUAAGCAGCUUAUUAGACCUCGAUCUUUCUGAAAACGACAUAAUUGGAUCAAUUCCCGCAACAAUUAGCAACUUGAGAUUUCUUCAGAGCGUUAAUUUGAGUCACAACAAACUUUCUGGAUUUAUUGGAGAUGAUAUAUGUAAAUUGCAAAACUUGGGUUAUUUAUACUUAACUCAGAAUCAACUUUCAGGAUCUCUUCCUAAUUGUUUGGGGAACUUAAUUUCCCUUCGGGAGAUAUUUCUAGGUUCCAAUAAAUUGCGUUCAAACAUACCAGCAAGCUUAGGGAACCUCAGAAAUCUCUUGAAGCUAGACUUAUCCUCAAGCAACUUGGAUGGCCCUUUACCUCCGAAAAUUGGAAACCUAAAGGCUGUGAUAUAUAUGGAUCUAUCAAUGAAUACCUUUUCAAAUGGAAUUCCUAGAGAAAUUGGUGGCUUGCAAAAUCUAAUGCACUUAUCUUUGAGAGACAACAAAUUACAAGGAUCAAUCUGA